CGGAGACGCGGCUCCCGGUGCAGCCCCACAAAGCCGGGAGGGACGCGGAGGAAGCAUCGCUUGCGACCAUGGACGCCCAGAAGCAUGUGGCCAACUUCGGCGCGGGACCUGCGAAGCUGCCGCUGCCGGUAUUGUUAGAAGCCCAGAAAGAGUUGGUGGAUUAUAAUGGCCUUGGCAUUAGUGUUCUUGAAAUGAGCCACAGAUCAUCUGAUUUUUCCAAAAUUGUCAAAGCAGCUGAAAAGUGCUUGCGUGAAAUCUUAAAAAUACCAGAUAACUACAAAGUGAUUUUUCUCCAAGGAGGUGGAUCCGGACAAUUCAGUGGUGUCCCACUUAAUCUUAUUGGGCUAAAAGAAGCCAGGUGUGCUGAUUAUGUGGUUACAGGAGCUUGGUCAGCAAAAGCAGCCAAGGAAGCGGAGAAAUAUGCCAAAGUGAACCUUGUUCAUCCUAAACUCUCUAGUUACACAAAAAUUCCUGAUCCAAGCACUUGGAACCUUAACCCCGAUGCCUCUUAUGUCUACUAUUGUGCAAAUGAGACGGUUCAUGGUGUGGAGUUUGACUUUGUACCUGAUGUUGGAAAGACAGUUUUAGUGUGUGAUAUGUCAUCCAAUUUCCUCUCCAGGCCGGUGGAUGUGUCUAAGUUUGGUGUAAUCUUUGCUGGUGCCCAGAAGAAUGCAGGCUGCGCUGGAGUUACGGUGGUUAUAGUACGUGAGGACUUGAUUGGCUUUGCACUCAAAGAGUGCCCAACAGUGUUGGACUACAAAGUGCAAGUGGAGAACAGCUCACUAUACAACACUCCUCCGUGCUUCAGUAUCUAUAUCACAGGCUUGGUCCUGAAUUGGGUAAGAAACAAUGGCGGAGCUGCAGCUAUGGAUAAGCUUAGCCAAAUGAAGUCACAAAUGAUUUAUGAUAUUAUUGAUGGAUCCAGUGGAUUCUACGUGUGUCCUGUGGAGAAGAAGAGCAGGAGCAGAAUGAAUGUUCCUUUCCGGAUUGGCAGUAUUAAGGGCGAUGAGGCCCUGGAAAAGAAAUUCCUUGAUCAAGCUACAGAAAACAACAUGCUGUCCCUGAAAGGGCAUAGAUCUGUGGGAGGAAUCCGUGCUUCUUUGUAUAAUGCUGUGACAAGAGAAGACGUUCAGAAGUUAGCAACAUUCAUGAAGAGCUUCAUGGAGAUGCAUCGGUCAUGAACUCGAAUUAAUUAGUGUUGCCCCUCUUGGAAAUAAAAGUGUAAUGAAUUGGAAGCUGGUGGAAAUAUUUCAUAUACUUAAACUUUCAAUACCACAGUCAGAUUUUGGAAACCAAUAAAAAUCCCAGUGUCUCUUG